AUGGCGCCUAGGUCGUCCCCGUGGCCGGUCUUGGCGGCCGAUACGGAAAACUCUGCAGCCUCUGGCAACACCAUCAGUUUGACGCAGCGCGCAGUCAACCAGCAGCACGAUGCGAAAGCGAUUAUCGAACACGUCCGAGAGGGUCGAGGAAACCUCCCAAAGCCGGUGAUGCGGUUCAUGGAGGCGGCCCUGAAGACCGCAGAGAUGCUCACCAUGAUCAACCUGGAUAGCGACCUGAGGCGCGAACUGAAGGAGUUAAGCGACCGCUCCCAGAGGGAGUUCGCCCAGCUACGACACGACGUCACCACAGUCAGGAUCCAAACCGACCCCAAGAACACGCUC